AUGGCUGAUAACGUCUUAGAUCCUUCAGUUAUAAAACUCACUCAAACAACUUUGGGUAAAUAUGUUAAAAAACCGGCAUUAAGUGAAAAGCUGCUGAAGAAGCCACCGUUUCGUUUUCUGCAUGACGUCUUUAAUGCGGUUAUACGUGAGACAGGCUCUUUUACGGGCUUGUACACGCCGGAAGAAUUAAAUUUCGAAAAUAUCGUAGAUCGUGAGGGAAAAAUGCGAUUUUUACAAAAAAUGAUUGAUGUUGUUAAAUUAACUACAAAAGUUGAUUUAACGGUACGUGCUUCGAAAAUUGUGGCCGGUCUUGAAUCAGAAAAAACGAACGAACUUUUACAAUUGAUGGGUGAGAUCAUUGAAAAGCAAUUGGAUUGGAAGUCAGCGGUGGAGCAAAGGUCCGGCGAUGGUGAGGUUGCAAAAAUAGUCGAAACGAAGAAAAGUAAAGAUGCAGAUAAAUCUAAAGGUAACAGAAAGUUAAAACCAAAGUCCCAAGAAAAGGAUAUUAAAAUCAAAGAUGAAAAAUCGAAUAAAAUCAAAACCAGCAUCAAAGGACUAAGUAAGCCAUCCUCUAAAGAGGAAAAGAAGAAGUCGACAGAGGAAGCUAAAGUUAAAACAAAAUUAGUGACGAAGCAGUCAUCAAAAGAGAAAAUUAAAUCGAAAGAAACACUAAAAGCUAGAGAAAAAGUUUUAAAACCGAAAACAGAUAGUGAAGGAGCGAGUGGUUCUAAAGACACGGAAAGCGAGCACUUGGUAGAAAAAGCUAAACUUUUUGAAAAAGUUGCUUCUCAAGAAGAAGUUGAGAAACCGUCAGCCAAAGCGAUUGAAACAGAAGAAAGCCAAGCUAAGAUAAUUGAAGAGUCUACUGACCCUAAAAUGAUAUCUAAUGGAGAAAUCUUGAAAACCAAAGACAUAAUAGAAACGCAAAAAGAAGAAGAGAAAGCUUUAGCCAAAAAAGUUGUGAAAGACCCAUUAAUCUCUGAAGAUAAGCCGAUUGAAUUGAAGUCGUCGGAGAAAUGGAAACGCUCGGCAAACAAAAUUCAGCAAAGUAUUGCAACAUCUUUAAAAGAGACGGAGGAAGUGGCGAUAGACCGGUCAGAGCCAAUUACUAAGCGACAAGUAGAAGAAAAGUUAGAAAAAAUUGACCCAUCUCCUCCAAGACCGGUGGUUAACGCUGAAGUAAAACGUGAGAUUACUUUCACCCGCGAAAAUUCCAAAGAUGGCAGUAGACCAAGAACAUCUUUAAGACCUCCUAGUGCACGGCCACCCUCAGCUCGGCCAGGCGCCCCCCGUCGACGAGAUAAAAAUAUUGAAAUCGUUCUGCAACCGAAUGAUCAAAUAAAAUUAGCCGGUGUUAAUAUUAAAUUAGAGACAUUUGGAGAUUUGGAUGACGAUGGUGAAAAUUUGGUAAUAAUUGAAAAUCCAGACACUCAGACAAUUGCCCAAAGCCUAACUGACAGCUAUGUCGAAAAAGGCAAUGAAAACGCCGAGCAAGUUGAUGAAGCCGCACAACAAGGGCAUUUAGUGCAACAGAUAUUGGAAACGCAAAAGGAAUUAAUACAAGAAACGAGUGCCAAGGGAAUGGAAAAGAAUGAAAAGGAUAAUGCAAAUAACUUGAUGUCGAAACAAACGACAUCUCGUAAUAUGAAUAACUUGCGUGAUGUGAUACAGAAUCUUACGAAAUCAAUUAAUCCUUUGGGUAAAUUAAUGGAUUUUAUUCCCGAAGACAUCGAUGCCAUGCAAUUAGAAUAUACCAUGUGGCGGGAUUCGUACACGCAGGCAGCCAAUGAAUUAAAAAAAGAGAAAAGUCUCACCGAAUCAUCAACUGAGCCGAUGAAAAAUCAAUUAAUACAAAUUGAAGCUAAUAUUACCGAAUAUCAGGAAAGCAUCGAUGUCAGUCGUGUCAAGAUUUUGCAAAAUUCUGAAAAAAUAUUAAAACUAUUGAUGACUCGACAGUGA